GUUUUCCGUUUUACAAUACUUAUGCCGACUGAGCGUUUGCCAACACUAAUCAGCAUUCGAUAAUGACGUGGUGAACGGAAAAAGAACAAUUGUAAUUAAAUUAAUUCGAAUUGCCGCAUAGAAAUCAAACAAGGACUUCCACAGAGAAGUUACACCAUAUUAGACAAAAGGGGGACAAGCAGGCGCCGAGAACAUUUAUUUCCUAAUACUGCCAAGGGCAAAACUCACAUUCUACCAGGAGGAAGAAGAAGAGCAAGACGCAAGCGAAGAAGACUAUGAAAAAUAAUUAGCGGAGGGCUAGUUUGCUGGUUUUUGUUUUGUUAGACCGUUCUAGCUGCCUUGUCCUAUAUCUCGAAACUUGAAAUCAAUACACGUGUUCGGUGGGCAGGAAGGCCAGCGAAUAUAGGAAUCGGCGGACAGGCAACGUCAAAACACAAGCAUUUGAGAGUGUUUACCUUUUAAUGAGGCGCUAGCAAAGCUAGAGAUAUGAUGAACGAGGACAGCAGUUCCGCCAGCGGAGGCGGAGUCAAGAAGUUUUUUCAGCGGCUAUCACAGACCUACCAAUCAACCCUAGAUCGCAGUACACCGCACACGAGACUGCGCUGGGUCUUUGCCGGCUUCCUUCUCCUGCUCUUCGUUCUGCGCAUCUUCGUGUACCAGGGCUGGUAUAUUGUGUGCUAUGCUCUGGGCAUUUACCACCUAAACCUGUUCAUCGCUUUUCUUACGCCGAAGAUCGACCCAGAAUUCGAUCCCUAUGCGCAGGAUGAUGAAGACGAAGGUCCCAAUCUACCAACGCGCAGCAACGAGGAAUUCCGACCCUUCAUCCGCCGCCUGCCCGAGUUUAAAUUUUGGUUAUCGGUGACCAAGAGUACGGCCAUCGGGUUGAUUUGCACGUUUUUCGACUUCUUCAAUGUGCCUGUCUUCUGGCCCAUUCUAGUGAUGUACUUCAUUACGCUGUUCUGCAUCACGAUGAAGCGCCAAAUUAAGCAUAUGAUCAAGUACAAGUACUUGCCUUUUACGCGCAACAAGCCGCGUUAUCAGCGGGUAAAUGAUCCGGCGCCGGGAUCGGUUGGAUCUGCGGGAGCCGUGCCGAAGUGACAAUUAGCCGCACAGACGCCGGAAAAGGAGGGGGAAGCUGCAGCACCGCCUCCUGCCGCAACUAACGAUAGCGCAGCGACCAAGGAUGUGGGGUCGCCAACAGUGGGUGGAGGAGCUUCGUCGUCCAUCAAACCACCGCAAAUAAUAGCAAUCGAGGACUACUAGGGAAUGCUGCUACUGAAAACCCCGAAAUUGAACCAGAAACAGAUCCAAGCGAGUUUUAGCUUGAAAUCGCAUAUUAUUUUCGUUUUCGGUUUGUGUAGCAUUUUUCUUUUCACUGUUGUGUUGUCGUACGGCGUCUUGUGCAAAAUACCUUGUUUACGUAUAAAACUUAAUGCUUGUUUAACCAUA